AAAAUGGAUAGAGGCAAUCAGUCUGUGGUGUCAGAAUUUAUACUUUGGGGACUUGCACAGUCACAGAGUGUCCAGGCUUUACUCUUUGUGGUAUUCUUGACACUUUAUCUCUUUAUUGUUUUUGGAAAUACUGUUAUCAUGGUCUUAAUCACCACUGACCGCCAUCUCCAUUCUCCCAUGUAUUUCUUGUUGGCUAACCUGUCCUUUAUUGACACGUGUCUUUCCUCAAACACCACUCCUAAGAUGAUAUCAGACUUUCUCAGAGAAAACAAGACCAUUUCCUUUUCAGGCUGCAUGUCCCAGAUUUUUUUUGCCCAUUGCAUUGCUGGAGGAGAGAUGAUCCUGUUAGUGGCAAUGGCCUAUGACCGGUAUGUGGCCAUCUGCAAGCCACUCCAUUAUUUCACCAUUAUGAACCUGCGAAGAUGCUCUGGACUGGUGUUGGUUUCAUGGACUACUGGUUUUAUUCAUGCCAUGAGUCACCUGUUAGUGAUUGUGGAGUUGCCUUUUUGUGGCCCCAAGGAAAUAGAUAGUUUUUUCUGUGACAUGCCAUUGGUGAUCAAGCUAGCUUGCAUGGAUUCUCAUGAUCUGGAUAUUCUAAUGAAUGCUGACUGUGGAGUUGUAGCUAUAGCCUGUUUCAUUCUCUUGCUCAUUUCCUACACAUAUAUCAUUAUCACUAUUCGCCAGAACUCCAAAGCUGGUGCAUCUAAGGCUCUGUCCACGUGCAGUGCCCACAUCACAGUGGUGAUGAUCUUCUUUGUGCCUUGUCUUUUCAUCUAUGUAUGUCCACUCAAUAUUAUCUGGUUGGAUAAAUUUCUUGCUGUAUUUUACUCUGUUUUUACACCUCUUCUAAACCCAACUAUUUAUACACUGAGAAAUAAAGAGAUAAAAAAUGCUAUGAAAAGGAUCAUAAACAACCACCUUGGUCCCAAAGGAAAUCUCUAA